UCCUGGCCAGGCUGAGUAAGGGCUUCCAUCCCAGCCUCCGUGCUCCAGCCAGCUGUCACAUAGUGGGUUAAGAUGGCUGAGGAGGAGGGUGAUGUGGACGAGGAGGACGUGUUCCUGGCGUUUGCCCGGAGGCCCUCUCCUCCCAGGGGUCCCCUGCGGCAGGCCAUGGACAAGGCCUUCUUUAUCUUCCUGGUCCUCACCCUGACACUACUGACGCUGGAGGCUGUUUAUAAGCUGCUAUGCCUGUUACCAUGGGCAAAGUUUGGGGACUGGCUCCUGAGAACACCUCAGAUGGAGGAGGAGCUGGAACUGUGACCGCCUUUCCUAUAAACGUCCUCUUUCCCUGCCACAGAGCUCUCUCAGAGGAAGAGGACGAGAGAGACUCGAGGUAUUUUACGAGCCUCAUUUCGUCUCACAGCCCUCACAGCGGCAAUUGGCACAGAUUCUUCUCAGAACCCCCUCCCCACAUCGCCCGUCCUCAGGCCCUGGAGCCCCUGGACAAAGCACGGCCUCCUGGUCAUCAGCGCCUGCGCCUCGGGAAUCCCCUCCAGAAAAGGAAGGAGAACCACCCAGGUCCCACCUACUUGGUUGGUCAUUAGUUCUGUGGUGGAGCUUGAAAAGCAAACCAACAACAAUAGCAGUAAUAAUAACACAUUUGUACAGCGUGUUGUGCUCAUUUGUAUGCAUGUGUUAUGACUUCAAGAUUGGGAGAUGUAGGCAACUGGAUGUAGAAAUAGCUUCUGGACAGCGACAAGGGAGCGCACAGCCCAUAGAAAGGAAUGACAGGCACAUUCGAUUAAGCCGUGGA